GCCUUGAUAAUGCAAAUUAUGGUUGAACUUAAAUUUUAACUUGAAGAAUAUUAAAAAUUUGAGUGAGACUUAUUAUAUUUGCGCUGAAAGUGCGUCACGAGACUCGUCAAAAUACAAGCGGUUAAAACUUGUUUUUAGAUAUUGAAAAUCUUUUACAAUAACCUACUCUGAAUUUAAUAAAUUGAAGUAAUAGAUUCAAGUCCAAGAAGAUUAUGAUCGAGCAACAACGUGUCUUCUGUAUAAAAAUCUUCUUUGAAACGCAAGUCCAGAAAUGAAACGCAAGAAGAAGAGGAAGCGUUUGCGGAAGAACCAUAAUGGCGGUCACGCCGCCGCUGGAUCUCAUUGUUCACCAACGGAGAAUUCGUCGAUUCUUGGAGGUGGCUACGCGUGUCGUACGGCUUCGCAAAUCAACGUAAGCCGAUAAAAGGUAGAUUAGACUCACGGUCUUCGCGUAGCGGAGGGAAGCCGACCGUAAAAACCGUCCUCGGACGCGCGACGAUCAUUCUCGUCGCCACGACGCCUGGAAUCGGCCGCUUCGAUCUCGUCGAUUCGUAUCAAUUUGCAUCCCUCGACAGAGGCUCCAGUUGAAUUUCAGGUACGUUCGCCGGAAGCGCUCCCUAAAACGAUCGGCACCGCGAGUUUUCCUGCCAAGUUCGCUCCCCCCUGUUCCGCAAGAUUUUUUCUCAGAUCGAAUUUUCCGCGGUUCGAUUGGCCCGUUUCCCGCGUCACCGGCGAUAAGUUUGAGCGGUACAGGUGACGUCGAGAGUAUCUAGUUCAGCGCGCGAAACGGAGUUCGUUAUUUCGCGUUCGACGCGCGACCGGGUCUAUCUGAUCGAAUCGGAUCGAACGGGGGCUGCGAGGUCGCGAUUUAGGAACGGGGGAACACGUUUCGCGUUCUCCAGCGCGGUGAACCGAUCGAACGCUGGCGUGGAAAGAGGCGGAUGCGAGAAGGUGGGCUGGAAAGGUGGUAAGGGUUCGAGGAACGCGAUUUUUCACCACACGAAAAAGCGUUUCAACCUUGAAGCGUACCGAAAUGAACGAAAUCGAGAGUAGCGUAGGGGGAAUACAGAGCAUGGGAGAGAGAUGUCAGAGAUAAGGAACUCGUGCCAGCAUAGCAAAACGAUAUCGAAAUUUUAGCUGCACCGGUAGUUGCGGCUCGUUUGGAAGAGGCAACAAGUCAAAGGAUGACAACGCCGGAAGACUCUGGUCCAUGCACCAGCGAGAACACGGAUAUCGGAAGAAGACAAGCCGUUCCCAUUAUUCAUACCAGAGGAACUCAUUACGACGUCGGUUUCGAUAUCGGACGCACCUUCUCCGGCCUAAUUCGAUCCUACAUGGAUAGAUAUCGGCCGUUGAACGAAACGUACCUGCCGCUUUACGAGACCGAAGCGGGUAGAAAGAUUUACGAAGAAACUCUGGCAUGCGUGGAAGAGCAAUUCCCGGGAUAUCUCCGGGAAAUCCGGGGGACGGCCGACGGAGCGGAUGUUCCCUUCCACAAGCUAUUUCUCAUGCAUUUAGACGACAUCGUGCCGAAUGUAGCGAACGAAACAGUGCAGAGCAACGAGUUACCGGUUGGUUGCUCAACUAUCAUGUGUAAUCAACCAGGCCAGGAGAUUUUGGGACACAACGAGGACGCACUCGGGGAGACCCUCAACCACUGGUACCUGGUUGCUGCUCACGUGGUCGAACCAGGAUGCAAGGAGGAAAAUUUCACGUCCUUGAGCUACGCCGGGUUCCUGCCUGGAUACACGAUGGGUUACAACCAUCAUGGUCUCGUUUACUCUAUCAAUACUCUCAGUGCCGCCACUUUGAGAUCCGCCAAGACUCCCAGGUACUUUUUAGCCAGAGCGCUGUUGUCCGCGGAGAAUUACGUGGAGGCCCAGCAAAUUUUGCGGAACGAAGGAUGCGGCGCUGCCGAGGGAUUCUCGGUGAAUAUGACUUUUCUAACGCAAGAAGGGGACAGAAUGUUUCACAAUGCAGAGAUCGGUCCUUGUGAGCCUGACGCCACGCAAUCUCAACUGAACAUCUUGACUGUCAGCCCCGGAGAGAACACGGCCCAUUGCAACAAAUAUCUGCGACUGAAGGUGCCGGAGGUCGAGGGUGUUAUCAUAGACAGCAGCGUGAAGAGAAUGGAGGCCAUCUGCAGACAUCCUCCGGCUAAGUCGCGUCAGGAUGUUAUAAAUAUUUUGAGUGAUCAAACUGAUGAUGAGUAUAGAGUUUAUCAGGAGAUUAAGAAGGACGACUAUGUGAAGACUAUUGCUACAGGUAUCUUUGACUGCAUCGAGAGGACUUGGGCCAUCUACACGGACAAACCGAACUCUACAGAACCGAUCGUAGUGAUACCUUUAAGACUGCGCGAUGAACCGACAUCCGCUGCAAGUUGAACUUUAUGUCCAAACGUAAAGUUCCUCUACUAGUGAAUUUCUUUCCAAUAUCGUUACUUUGCUUCGUUCUAUAAUUUUGUCUUAUAUUUUACUGUCUUCACGAACUAGACAAUAUUUGUGUUCGCAUA